CUAUUAAUUUUGACUGAUUGUUGAAAUUCGGUUUUUUAUGAUGGAAUUGUCGCCAAACAAUCAGAUCGAGGACAGAAAACCCAUCCUAACAGCCGACGGACUGGUGCAAACAUCCAACUCGCCCUUCGAGCCGCCGACCGUCUCGCAGGAGACGCAGACGUCAAACGGCAUUGGUGGCCAGAGCCAGUUGACAGUCGACCAGCUUGACAUAGAGAUUCUGCCGAUUAUCUACGACAUCGUGCGCUGUGUGGAAAAGGAUCCCUUGGAAAACGCGGUGAAGCUGCGCGAAUCCCAGGACUGCAACCAUAAGAUCUUUGAGCUGCAAAAGCGCUUUGAGUCGGCGAGGGAACAAAUCCGCCAGCUGCCUGGAAUAGAUUAUAACAAAGAGGAGCAGCAACAGCGAUUAGAACUGCUUCGAAACCAGCUUAAGCUCAAGCAACAGCUGAUACGAAAGUUCAAGGACACAGAGUUCUAGUCAAGCAGCGGAAGA